AUGGAGACCCCUGCUGGUCAUGCCCAGUUUCCUAAACCAGCGUUCAUAUUUGGAGAUCGCAUACCAGCCAAUGAUCAUCUCACACACGUGGAAGAUUCGAAGCUGCUGCGGAGAGUUGAUACCCGCUUCUUAUUCCUCCCCAACAUGAAGAGGAUGUACCCUCUCUCCUACUUUCUGAAUACGAGCUGCCGUCGGGGUUUGACUUUCGACAUAGUGAAGGAGAAGGAGAACGUGUCGCUUGGAUUUGGUUGUCGAACUCGUACACAAAUCGAGGGACAACUCAAGGGGUUAAGACCUGGUUUGUUUGAGAAGAUUGAGCUGGUUCAGGAGAUGCCACGUCCAACGAACAUCUUUAUUCGCCAAUUCCUUGCAACCCAGGGUGAAUUCUCUACCCAGACGUUCAGAUCCCCUGGAUGGAUCUGUUCCGGAGAAGGAGAAUGGCUGAAUUUGAAGUUCAGUUUUCUUCAAUCAAUUGUUUUUACUACUGCAGAUAUAUUAUACAAAACAAGCAUCAACUCCGGAAGCGUAUUAGAAUAUGCUCUUGCUUUCACAAGUGCAGCAUUGGACAAACACUAUAGCAAGUGGAGUGUUACUCCAAAGACAGGCUUUAUCAACAUCACCACUUCAAAAGAUUUUUAUCGAAUUUUUAGCGGUCUUCAAUUUGGAUACUUGGAGGAGACAAUUCUUGAUCAUUCAAAAAAUCAUGAACUGCUGGGCGACUCUGUAGCUUGGGCAGGCUGUACUAUUGUCUACUUACUUGGUCAGCAGCUGGACUUUGAGCUUUUUGAUUUUUCUUAUCAGUUCCUUAAUAUAGCAGAAGUUGAAAAUGCAACUGUCCUACAUUCCAUUUCUUCUGAUCGGUCCAAGAAUGCCAGUAGUUUGCAGGGAUAUGAGAACCUACUAGAAGCUAUGAAGAAAGUUAGAAGGCUUAACAACCAUGUAUUCUCUAUGUUGAAAGCGAGAUGCCCACUUGAGGAUAAAGUCGCCUGUGCAAUUAAACAAAGUGGGGCGCCACUGCAUCGUGUUAGAUUUGUCAAUACUGUCUCUGCCUUCGAAACACUGCCACAAAAGGGGGCCUAAAUGGUCAUCUGCUCAUCCUCUUGACCUAUAACCGUAAAUGUUUAUCCAUCUUAGAUAUUUACACAGAGCUAUAAUGUGUUUCGAGUGUAUUCACGUUCCAAUAUCCUCUUGAGCUGUAGUUAUGAAAAAAUUUUAUCAACUUAGAUGCUUGUACUCACAGCUAGUGCGUGUCUAUUCAUUUUGUAUGCCCUUGGCAGCGGCAUCCUUCUUUCAUCCUUCUUUCAGUGUAUUUAUAAGCUUCGCUGUGUAUUGUGAUCUUGUUGCAGUGAGCUGUUUGUAUACAUAAACUGGUCAAUAGUAUGUUGUAUAUGUUUAGGCUCCUAUUCGUGUCGAAUCAGCUGCCAGCUUAAUGGUAGUUCAGAGAAUGCCGGGAUACUUGCACUUGUAAUUGCUUUGCGUCCAGAAUAACGAGUAGUUUUUGUCUAAAAGUAAUUUAUAAUGGAGUGCUUAUUUUCCUGUAA